AAAAAAAAAAANACUAAGUAGAUUAUAAAAAAAGAGAUUAUAGAAGUGCAAAAAUUACCUGAGUUAAAGUGUCCGAGAUUGUUAAUUCGAAAUAAGGAUUUUUUUCAAACUCAGAUUUAAAGACUUUGUUUCACGAAUUACACCAUGACGAUGAAGAACCUUUUGUUAUUGAUAAUCUACAUUCAAUUCGCAUUAGCCGUCAUUGGUAGGCAUCACAGAGACAGUGGUUUUCUAAACCAUGUGCAAAGAGUGCACCAAUUUCCAUGCUCCGUGCCCCAGCCGAGGGCUGUACCAAUAGAAGAUCUUCUAACUGUAGGCCUAGGACCUGACGAAAUCUUUUAUCCUGCAUCCACAGUUUUAGCGCGUUGCGCGGGCUCGGGAUGCUGUCCUGAGCCUAAACAGAUUUGCGCUCCGACCGAAAUCAGAAAUAUCAGUCUUGUCUUUAUGGUCAGGCAUAACAUUGAUCGACAACGGGAUCGUCAUCACGAAAUUAUUCACGCUCCGGAGCACAUCAAAUGUGCCUGUAUCGACAAAGUCCUAGCCACUUCUCUGAAGAAUUCCAAGCUUUAAACAAGAAUUUUCUGAAAAAUAGCUUUUUUUGUAGAUUGUUUUUUAAAAUUAAAGAAUUGUUAUUUCUCAAAAAUUGGCUCGUCCGCCAAUUAUUCCUAAUGCAUUUAGUUCUUGUGAACAAUCAAGGUACACGCGCAGAUAUAAGUGAUAUAUUAUAUAUCUCAGAAUCCAAAGAUUUUUUCAUCUUGAAGAACUUAAAGACUUUCUCCUAUAUAUCCUACAAAAAGUAGAUUGUAAGUUAGUAGAUCGAAAGCUUUGUGUCUGUGAUAUUUUCUUUGUACAUAAUACUUUGUCUCUUUUUUCUAAUAAACUAAAAAUAACACGAGCUUAUCGGUACAAACUGAAAAAUAUUGGUGAAUAUAUGUGACAAAUAUCUUUGAUAUUUUAUAUUUAUUAA